UCGAGGGUGGCUCCCGAGGUGAAUUUCAUGGCUGACGUGCAGAGGAGAUUGCCUCUGCUCGUACUCGCUGUCGUCGUGUUCCUCAUCGUCGUCUUCCUCCACGUGUGUUUGUCGUGGAGGCCGUGGAAACAACAUCGCAAGAGGGCUUCAACGAAACGGGCGGCAGGGGAACGUCCGAUGGUGGGCAUGCAGGCACGUGCAGGUGUUGGUGCAGGUCAGGGCGGAAGACGACCACCGACUGCGGAGCCUCCACGGCGGUACGACCCAUCUUUGUACAGCCAUCUAGAGUCGUGGGAGAUGCCACUGCCCCCGUCGGACGAGGAUCCGGAGACGGAAGAAGUUCCAACGUUGCCUCUUGCCAGCGGAUCGACGCAUCUGUUGUCGCAGACGGUGCGAGCAUGCGGGUCAGCUAGCAACGAAGGCGGCGAGUUCACCUCACUGCUGCACCAAGGCUUGGGAGACGACGACGACGGAGGACUUUAUCUCAGGUUCGGGUUGUGUUCUGACGGCGCUAGGGAGGCGAGCCGCACGUUCAUCAUCGACGCCGAUCCUUCGCCACUUGGCGUUCAACAAUCUGGAAGUCAGCAUACGGAGCACUCCACACUUCGUGGCGGUGCGUCCGUUACUGGCGGUGUCGGGCCAUCGGCAGUAGGCCGGAAGCAUGGAUCGAGUGCACCGUCCGCUGAUCGAUUGACAAGUACCUGCCCCGCACGCAAUGGAGUCGCAACCGGGUCCCUGCGCAUCGGCGGUGCACGUCCUUUGAUGCCCAAACGCACAACGCCGACCCAACCCGACCUCAGGGACGACGACGCAUGCAGACCAGCGGUGCGUCCAGCACCCACUGUGGAGAACAUCACACGAGGAGUGUCAAACAUGCGGGCACACAGUGAUGGCGGCGACGACGAUGGUGGUGGCGGUGACGAUGCCGACGAACGAUUCAGGGAGGACGUGGAAGCAGGAGACGACGACGACGACAUUCCUAUUCGGCCUUUGGGGAAGACGGGUGGGAGGGGGAGAGGACGCAACAGAGGUGAUGUUCGUGGUCGAUCCGUUGGCCGUGGGGGCAGAGGUGACGUCAGCGACGACGGCGGGAAGUCUGCGACGUACAGGUCUCCGGAAGAGCAAAUGCAACGGGACUUCCCGCUCAUUCGAUCACACCGCCAAGCUCGCCUGCACAGGUCACCACGAAGCAUGUCUACGCGAGAGAACACCCGUGGGAAGAAGCGCGACGUAGUCCUUGACGACAACCAAGGGCAGAGAAGAGGUCGGCGGCAUGCCCCAAAAGCGAAGAGGGUGCGUUCGAAAGAUGCGUCAACAAGGGUGUCUCUUCGUGGAGCGCAAGGUUGGGCGGCAGCAGCGGAAGGGGACUACGUUGAAGAGUUCACGACGGAGGAGGAUCAGGAAGAGGCGACCACGUCUGCAGUACGAGAGAGUGGUCGGCAGCGCUCUUCUGAUCAGAGUGCUUCAAAGAGGAUGCUAACCCCUCCACCCGAGGCGCAGCAGCAGCGUGCCCGCGAUACGCAGACAGAGAAGGCUGCUGUCGUCGAUCUUGGCGGCGAGGAUGACGAGCCCUUGGACAGACGUCGCAUGCGCACUCGUACAACAGCGACCCCACCGCGGGCGGUGAUGGCACGCGCUGCUGUAAACGAAAGGCCAGUCUCGGGUAGGCUGUCCACCACGCUGUCUCAGCCACGUCAGCGCAAUGAGGGUGGUAACGGAGGGUCCGUCCAACGCGGCGGCGGGGGGGAAGUCGUGGCAGACGCGCGCGCAGUUGGGGCCGAAGCGGCAGGUGCUGCGGGGGCAGGUGGUUCAGGCAAUGUGGCCCCCGUUGCGACGGCGAGAGAGGAGGCAGAAGUUGUGGCGACGGUGAGAGAGGAGGUGCGUGGCGAGAAGAAAGGCGAUCGGGAGGGCGGUGAGCCCGGUUCAAGCCAGGUACGUAGGGGAGUGAUGACAAAAGACCUCAUCGAUCGUGUCGUCCUUGGGGUCGAUGACAAAGCUUUCUGGAUGACGGGGGAGGGGCGAACAUUGUACAACAUCAUCCACGAUACGAGAGAGUACUUUGUUGCCAUCGCCAGUGGACUUCCACCGCGUGCCAUCCCUCGGAGCGUCGUACUUCCCAAAUCCAGCACACGAGUAGGCAGGAUCGCCGACCAAUCACAGCUGCAGCAAGCGAUCUCUCGUGCGGCGGCAGUGGAGAACGUUGCUCUGCGCAUCUUGCAUGACUGGGUAUUCAAGUCCGGGAACCGCCCAAGGGGAUACCAUGUGGCUUUCCAGUACUCCCUGGAAUCCUUUGCUACAGACAUUGCGCGUGCUAUGUGGUACGGCGAGGAGUGGUGCGACGUCGUCAGUCCGACGGUUUGCGCGCACACGAUAGAUCUGUCCAUGGACUUGCCACUGUGGUUCGCCGGCGCCAACAUCGAGGACAGACCGGACGAUGACGACAUGGCGGCGCACCAGGAGUCCACCGCCGUUUGCAUCGCACAUGCAUUCCGCGCGGAGGUGCAAAUGGGGGCGCUCAUCGAUGGCGAAUUCAUCUCGCACGAUCGUCUUUGUCGGGAGGCUGAUUGCUUCAGGCUGUUGUUUGCGGCGUGCAUGUGGAUAAUGCGCAUGGCGGGGGACGAUCUGCGCAGCCACUACUUUCUACUUCGCGAACCUCGUGGCGAAGCCCACACUCGUCGCGUCCAUGCAUCGCUCCUUCGAUCAUCGACGAUUUGUCGUCCACGCCGAGAAAAUCGUCACAGAGAGGCUCGGGAAGGCGAACGCUACGUUCGGACAGUGCCCCGACUAUGUCUCUCAAUGGGCACCCAGCGGCAUUGGUUUCAAGCACGACGCGAGAAUAACGGGGCUAGAGGAUGCGAAGAAGCUAGAUUGGUUGGGUUCGGGCCCCCCCGAUGAUGAGAACAACAACGACGGGAAAAAUGACGCGUGUUUAGUGUGUCGCUCGUUGGAGUCGACGACGAGAUCAAUGAAUGUCGUCCUGUAUU